GUCACGACAGCGGCGGUUGCGCUAUUUAGGUAGCCUACCAUUUGAUCGGCGGGUAUUUAGGGAUCGUACGAACCCACUUGAGAAUUUCAGCAGUGAGGAAAUCCGGGAACGUUAUCGUUUCUUUCCUCAAACCAUCUUGAGAAUAGUUGGUUUGGUUGUUAUGAGGAGGGAAACGAAACGUUCCCAUGCACUGCCACCGCUUCUGGCAGUCCUUGUAUCCCUUCAAUUUUUGGCGUCUAAUGCUCAUCACAUUGUGAUUGCCCAAGUUCAUGGAGUAUCAAGAGCGAGCGUGUCUCGGGCCAUUAAAACAUUUUGCCAGGCACUGUGUGGUUUAAUAAACCAGUUCGUGGUGUUCCCACGAGAUGAUAUGAUACCCAAGACUCAAAAACGAUUUUACGCUAUCGCAGGUUUCCCAGAUGUCAUUGGUGCGAUUGACUGCACACAUAUAAAAAUAGCAGGUCCAACAGUAAAUGAGGAGGAAUAUGUAAACCGUAAAGGUUUUCAUUCAAUAAAUGUACAGAUGAUAUGUGAUCCUACAUUCAAAUUCACCAAUAUUGUGGCAAAGUGGCCAGGGUCAGUUCAUGAUGCACGUAUUUGGAGGGAGAGUGAUAUUUGUGCACAAUUUGAGAGAGAGGAAAUACAGGGAACUUUACUAGGUGAUUCAGGGUAUCCAUGCAGAAAGUUUUUAAUGACUCCUUAUCAAGCACCACAGACACAAUCACAGGAACGCUUCAACAAUUCCCUAUGUAAGACAAGAGUGCUGGUAGAGCAAAGUUUUGGUGUUUUGAAAAGAAGAUUCCCUUGUCUGUCUUAUGGCUUAAGAAUGAAACCAUCAGCCUGUUUAAAUGUCAUAGGUGCAUGUGUUAUUUUACACAACAUGGGAUUUGAAUUUAAUGAUAUUUUUCCCAGGACAUGUGAUGACUCUAGGGAAAUUCCAAUUGUAAGUGAUUAUCAAGGACCAAGUACAGGCAGCAGCUACAGAGAUUUUAUAGCAAAUGCAUUUUUUAAUUAAACAUUAAAGCUGCAUGCCUCCAGAUGAGCAAAAAAUAUUUCGAUAAAAAAAUAAAAUCAAACGUGUGAAAAAUGUACUAAGAUUUUAGGAAAGGUAAAAGAUUUAAAAUUCUAGUUAAAAUUUACAUGUUAUGUGCGAUUAAUGACCGAAUUUUUGAUUAUUUAUAACUAUAUUUCUACUAUGAUACUUAGGUAGUAAGGGCUUUUUUUUGCAUAUUUUGACCUGUUUAUGUAAUUAACAUAGGUGAUAAGUGCUGUUGAUAAUGUGUAAAUUGCAUUCUUUUUGUAACUUUACAAUAUUAUACUUAUAAAUACAUUUUCAAAUUUUCAUAAAAAUUAGCAUGAAUCUGGAGGCGUGCUGCUUUAAUUUGUUUCAGAAACUUAAAAAAAUUCAAUGAAUGUGUUCAUAGUUCUCAAAAGAUAUAAAAUAUGUUAAUUAAUUUCUCAGAAAUUUACAAGAGUUAAAUAUGUAUCAUCUUCACUUAUUAUUUUACCAUAAUUGAUAUUAACUGUUUAACACAGUAAGUUAUCUAUAAUACACAUACAUGCUUUUCCGUGUGAAAUGUAAUUAUGAUGUGGAAAAAUACAAAAAUCUAUUUCCA